AUGGAAGAGAUAGUGCUAUCUCCACUUCUACAGGUGAUCUAUGACAGAGUAGCAUCUCCGGUGCUACAGAGACUUGCGGAUAUGUGGGAUCUCAAGGACAACCUCAAAAGGCUACAACAAUCCUUGUUAAUGGUUCAAGCUAUUCUUGAAGAUGCAGAAGAGCAACAAGUAACCAGAAAAGCUGUUAGGGUUUGGUUGUCAAUGGUCAAGAGUGCAGCUUCUGAUGCUGAGGAUCUACUGAAUGAGUUUACUGCUAGAGGUUCUCUUGAUGUUGAUCAUGGAGUGCCUGAAGUUCAUGGAAGGGAAAAAGAUAAAGAAAAGAUCGUUCAAUUGUUAUUAUCUCGUGUAGCCAACCUAGAAGGAUACCCAGCUGUUAUACCAAUAAUCGGUAUUGGAGGCAUAGGCAAGACAACCCUUGCUCAAUUGGCAUAUAAUGAUGAGAUAGCGACACAACAUUUUGAUGUUAAAACUUGGGUUUUUGUUUCCGAAAAUUUUGAUGUCAAGAGGAUAAUGAAAGCAAUUAUCGAAUCUGCUACAAAGGAAAGGUGCAAAUUCACAGAGACGGAUGUAAUUCGUUCUAAGCUAUUGGAUUUGUUGCAUAAGAAAAGAUGUCUGAUUGUGUUAGAUGAUGUUUGGACUGAAGAUCUGGAUGACUGGGAAAAACUAAGGCCUUUGUUUAGAGGGGGUGAUGUUGGAAGCAAAAUCAUAAUCACUACUCGAAGUAUAAAGGUAGGAAUGAUACUGGACUCCCCAACUUUUCCUUACUAUUUGGAGGUUUUGGAUGAGGAAGAUUCUUGGACUUUAUUCAGGCAACGAGCAUUUCGAGUAGGAGAAGAGGAAAAUUAUCCAAAUCUUUUGCCUAUUGGAAAGCAAAUUGUCAAAAAAUGUGGAGGUUUGCCAUUAGCUACAAAAACUUUGGGAAGCUUAAUGCGGUUCAAAAGAGAUGAAAGAGGGUGGCUGUUAGUGGCAAGUAGUGAACUCUGGAGUUCAAAUGUAGAUCAUGGUGGAAUUUUACCUUCCUUGAUGUUAAGCUAUCGCCAUAUACCAUCACAUCUCAAACGUUGCUUUGCUUUUUGCUCUAUAUUUCCUAAGAACUAUGAAAUCAAGAAGGAGAAGUUAAUCCAUCUAUGGAUUGCAGAAGGAUUCAUUCUGCAGGAAGGGGAUGAACCAGCAGAAGAUAUUGGAAAUCAGUACUUCAAUGACUUGGUGUGGAUUUGUUUCUUUCAGAAGGCAGAGAAAUGUGACAAUAGAUACAAGAUGCAUGAUACAAUUCAUGAUUUGGCACGGUAUGUUGCAGGGAAAGAAUUUUUGAUACUUGAGAAAUGUCCUGCAUCAAACAAUCUGGCCCAAGUGCGUCACUCGUCCAUUAUAUCUAAAUUCGGAUCAUUUUCAGUUCCAGAAGCCUUAUAUAAAGCAGGACAUCUGAGGACACUCAUGUUAAUUGUGGGAGGAGACUUGCAGGAAGUUCCGAAAAAAUUGUUCUUGCAUUUCAGAUACUUGCUCGUGCUAGAUUUGAACAGCAGUGGCCUUAAAAAAUUGGAGGAGUCUAUAGGUGGCUUGUUUUGUUUGAAGUAUCUUGACCUGUCUUACACAUUUAUCAGAAUUUUGCCACAAACUAUAAGGUACCUGUAUUCUUUGCAAUCUCUUAACCUACAUGGUUGCUGUUAUCUUGAACAAUUGCCCAGUUUACCAGAGGCUAAUCUAAGACAUCUAAUCAUUACUGAAUGUCAAGCUUUAGAAUUAAUGCCAGAUAUUCUCCCACAAGGGCUUCGAACAUUACCGAUAUAUAUUUUGAGGUUUGGCAGACUUCUCGGCCUGAAAGAUUUAGAUCUUCAUGGAGAGCUGAAAAUUAAGCGCUUGCAGAAAGUUAAAACAAGAGAUGAUGCAGAAUCAGCUAACAUGAGAUUAAAGGAAAACCUAAAGUCAUUGGGACUAUAUUGGUGUGAGAAUGAUGGUCAACUAGACAAUAGAAUUGAUGCAGUGGAAGACAUUCUUGAAGCACUACAACCUCACCAAAAUCUGGAAGAACUACAUAUGGAAGGAUAUCCAGGAAUCAAAUUUCCAAAUUGGUCGCUUCCAAAUCUAAUUAUGGUUAAUUUGAGUAAUUGUAAAAAAUGUGAAUGCCUUCCUACACUUGGGAAUCUUUCAUUUCUCAAGAUGGUCUCUUUCUGUGGAAUGGAUGGUGUGAAAGGCAUUGGUUUGGAGUUCUAUGGUGAAGGCAUGCAUACACCAUUUCCAGAGCUUGAAGAAUUGACCAUUAAAGGAUUUCCAAAUUUGGAAGAGUGGUCAAUUGUAAAUGAUGGACAGACAUUCCCUAAAUUAAGAAAAUUGAUUGUCAAUAACUGCCCCAGAUUAGCUAAGAUGCCAUCGUUUCGAUCUCUUCAACAUUUGGAGCUGCGAGACUGCAGCCAAACAAUAUUUUCCAAUGAAAAUCUACCUUCCUUGUCAAUCCUUGCUAUAGAAAAAAUUCCAGAACUUUGCUCUCUUCCUAGAAGUUUUCUUGUUGAGAAUACCCUUUUGACAUCUCUGGAGAUUAUAUCUUGUGAAAAUCUACCUUCCUUGUCAAUCCUUGCUAUAGAAAAAAUUCCAGAACUUUUCUCUCUUCCUAGAAGUUUUCUUGUUGAGAAUACCCUUUUGACAUCUCUGGAGAUUAUAUCUUGUCCCAAACUUCAUUCACUACCAUCUGAGUUGGGAAGUCUAAUUUCUUUAAAAACACUGACCAUUCGCUGGUGUGAAGAGCUGACAUCUUUGCCACAAAGUUUGCAGAACCUGAAAGCUUUAGAGUACUUGGAGAUCUGUGAAUGUCAUAAUAUAAUUUCUUUGCCAGACAAUGGACUUGGAGGUUUAACUUCACUUCGUAUUUUAUCCAUCGAAAACUGCAGCAAGUUGAUUUCUCUUUCCUCAAGCUUGGAGCAUUUAACAUCUCUUGAACAGUUAACCAUUAUGUAUUGUCCAAGUCUUAGUUCUUUACCAGAAGGUCUGCAGCACCUCUCUGCUCUACGAAGUUUGACUAUGUUAAGUUGUCCUUUGUUUUCAACUCUACCGGAGGAGCUUCAAUAUGUCACCACAUUACUUAGCUUGGAAAUUCAUAGCUGUCCGGGUUUGACAGCUUUACCGGAGUGGUUUAGGAACCUCACUUCACUCAGAUCUUUGACAAUUUCAGACUGUCAUAAUUUGAAGUGUUUGCCAGAAAGUUUUAGCUUCAGCGCUCUCCAGUAUCUUUGUAUCCAAGAUUGUCCUCGUCUCGAAGAACGAAGCAAUUAAGGAAUUGGAGAGGAUUGGCCUAAAAUAGCACACGUUCCACAUAAACACAUUGGAUCACCUAGGUUCAGGACGAGAGAAUCCAUUGCAGAAAGCAGCUCUUCUGCUUGAACUAUAUGUAUAGCUCUUUCCAGCCCUCAGUUUUGCAGGCUGAAGAGGAAACUAGUCAGGCAGUGCGCGAUAACGGAGCUUCAACAAUCAGAAGAUAUGCAGGCUAAUGGUUUUUUGUGCUGUGAACUAAGUACAGAGAAUGGUUUUUUUGGCUAAAAUUGGUUGUCAAUACUGCAGUUAUCUGAAGUAUAAGAUACAUAUCUUUUAGCUUUGACAACAAAACUUUCACAUCACAGCUUUAUCCAUUACUUGUUUAUCUUCUGUAUCUUAAUACAAUUGUGUACAAGUUUGUGAUGGAAUCCAUAUUUUGUAUCUAAUUGUAAUUUACAAGAUCUGGCUA